CAGAUGCUCUUUUACUAAUUUUGCUGUGCCAUUGCAACGUUUUGUGCCCCGUUUAUGUAACAUAAUUACGUAAAAUGGAAUGAUGUAGGACACCCUUUGAAAAGUCAUUGGUGAAGUUUUAGAUCCAGAGGGAAAUACUGAGUACAGCGUCUUGUAGUGCUACAUACGUCCUCAAACCGUAUCCGGCUUUGAGACAAAUCCUGGAUGCCGUGUAAAUUACACAAUCGUGUUAACUAAUUUUCGUUUUGCCCAACUUAGGCUUUUACUGCAAAGUGUAGCCAGCCCUGCACCCAUGGAGCACUGCAAGUCGUCUCUAGCAGCAUCACAAGAUGGAAACACAGGAGAACCUACGAGAACAUCGGAAAAUGGGUACGAUGGCGGUUCAGAAUUAGAGACUAUCCAUGACCUGAAAAUGUCACUAAAUGAUUCGAACGAGUUGAAACAGAAUGAGGGAAAGAUGGAGAAAGACUGCACAUCAAAUGGCAGGGUGUGUGAAAAGGACGAGAAAGAGCUUGAAGUUAAGUGCAAAAAAGAGAUAGAAGAAAAAGAUACCUCAGUUCAGUUCAUUGAUAUUCUCACUCCAGAAAAUAAGAUAAGCAAGGAAGGCAAGGACGAGAGGAGCCAAGUCAACGACAAGCCAUGCAAACCGAAGAUUGUUGUUCUCCGUAAGCCAUGUUCUCCAGUCCCAAUCAGCAGAAGUCGAUCUAGUUUUCCAGAUCCAAGAACAGACGUCUUUGUUGAGCUGCAGGUUCGUAAAAACCAACGAGCCUUAGGAGAUAGCGACUGCCAAGACGAACCCAUUGGUGACAUGACGGUUAGCAAACAACUGACAGUAAAGCGCGUGCCAGUCGCAAAGCAUCAGGUGGCCGUGGACGUGAAGCACAUCGGGACUGAGCAGAGUGCGAGAGACUGGGAAUCAAAGUACGUCAAGCGUGUCAGCGGUAAGCUUGGGUACUGGUUCAGAUUCUACGAACCAAACUGUGAGUUAUUGCUCAUGUUUACCCUCUAUGACAAGCCUCACACAGCCAAGUGCGAAGCGAAGUUGAAGACGGCAGUCCUGGAUUACGUUACAGUUGUUGUGGAGACCAUCAAUCGGAAGGGACCGUUUUCAAGAGAGGGAAAAACGGAAAAAGAGCAUGAACUUGCGCUUACUCGUCAAGUACCCUUGGUGUCCCUAUCGCGCUCUCAAACGCGUGUGUGUGUGAUCAUGAACGAGCUGCAUAAAUUAUGCGAUAAUGGCGAAUGGGCAAAGUUUGAAGCUGCGUGCAAAGAGCAUCGCCAUUCCCGCGAUGUUGAUGUUCAAGUUGCAAUUUUACUUGAGAAAGCUAUCGCAUUUCUUUACAAACAUGACCUGGAGAAAGCAGAGCUUACAGCAAUAAAAGCGCUCAGCAUUGUCUCUAAGGCCGACAACCACCAACUCCUGGUCGGACGAGCGUACUACUACCUCGCUCAUAUCUACCGCCGGGAGAAGAAGCUGGGAGAAGCAGUGCGCUGUAUUGACCUGUCUAAGCAGAAUCUUCACUUGAUGGAUGUGUGCCUUGACCAGAGCUUCAUGGCGUACGAGGAAGGCAACGUCAUGAAGGAGUUCAUCUCCAGUGGGACAGUCUUGAGGAGGAAGCUGCUUCUCCAAGCAAAGCAGUGUUUCGAGCGGUGUCUUGAUGUCUGCAGGCGGCUGCCUGAUAGCGACAGUCAAGUGAUUCCUCACACGCACAGUUUUGCGCUGACGAAGAUCGCCAUGCUGCUUCUAGACUGCGGGAGCACCUCAGGACGAGAGAGGUGCGUGAGUGGCACCCACGUCGCAGAGGCCAAGAGAUUCCUCGAUCGGUUGCAAAAGCAGGGCCUGGAUAAAAUCACCCAGAGGAGAAAACUCCAGUUCAUGUUAGCGUGCUCUGAUCUUCAAUACCGACAGUCCAACUACCAAGCUGCAGCUCAGCAGGCCCAUCAGGCUUUGAACAAGGCGAACGAGUUGGGAUUCUCGCUUGAAGUAAUGCCCGCCCACCAUCGCAUCAAGCACAUCCGCCAACUGCUUGCAAGCGAACAAUGCACAGUGUAUGCUUGUCCCGAACUCUAAAUUGGGAUAAAUGAUACCCUGGGUAUCAUCCUCCUGGAAAGUAAUUCUCCUUGAUCAGCAUUAGUUCAAGCUUUUAUAUUUUUCAAAGAAACACGAAAGUGGGAGGAAGGGGGGAAGACAAAUACCAUUGAGUGCAAAAUUCCGUCUUCAGAAAUUGGCUGCGCCUGCUGUUUCCGUAACUGAUCAUGAGUUGCUAAGCAAUAAUACACAUCCUUAUUUCGCCAUGUUAGCGUGAUAGUUUCCAGACUACUCGAUCGUUAAUUUUGAAUUCGUUUCUGACUGGCUAAUGAGAGUGGCGACGAUUACAUUCGUUGUCUAAAACGGCAGAUUUUCUCCAGUGUUCUGACGAUGUCGCUGCUCGUUUGCAUGCUGAAACAGUGGAUUAAAUUACUUCUGAAUAAUGAUGCUACCUUUGUAAGAAAAUAUUCUUUACACAGAAACACAGAAAGGGCUAAGGACUACGGCGUUUAAUUUAUCUUAUCAACUUCAAGUUGAUAAUUAAUUAGCUAAGUGUUUCCCUUGACCACCGACGCAACACAACAUGUUCUUUAGAUUUUUAAGCCCCGUACACGCUACGUCGGAGAAAUUUGAAAAAAAAAAACAGAGUUUUUCGAAAACGCCCUUCCAAACCAUAAGAAUUUGAAAACGCUAGCUUUUUGUUUUGGUGUGGACAGAAAACGUUUUAAGACUUAAAAAGGAAUCGAGCUUUUUGAAUACCACUUUUUCACGAUAAUCUUACGAUUAACCCUAACCUUCAAGGGUGUACCCAAUAAGCGACUCUACGGCG